AUGGCUACUUCAACACCCAGAACAACUCCCAACCAGAUGGAGCAGGGCGAAGACCCAAGUUGUUUACUGCGGGAGUCCAACAAUGAAAACCCAGAGGAAGUGAUGACUGAUCAAGUAAACCUCGGCUCCUCAUUGAAGCACCGUGGGGUUGGUCAUGGCCUCCCUACCCUGCCGGAAGAUCUGCCCCUCAACAUGAGUAACAAAGAAGUCAAGGCGAAUGCGGGCUCCAGUAAUUUCACACCGUCGUGGCGAGCCAAUGCCCAUCUCAAGCCUUCAUCACCCGGUGGAGAGGGUGCCCACGGUGAUGACCACCGUGGCGACUGUUGUUGGUGCUGUAGUUGUUGUCCCUGUUGCCGGAACUGCAGAUGCCACCCGGCACUGGCUCGAGUCCUGUUGUGGAUAUAUGAAAAGACGGCUGGCCCCCUAGCUUACUGCCUAUUCUUUGCGCUUAUUUACGUCUGUCUUUGGAUAUUUACGGGCAAAGAAGCUCUGCCGCCCAAGUGCUACGAGUAUAAACGGAUUGAUGCGCCGGUCCAUGAGGGAUUGAGUGCCAAGAAAAUGGAGAAGCCGGUGGCUUUCUGCGAGGGUGGAAAGUCCUUGAACAUCCUCAUCCUCUACAUGUUUGCCGUUUUGGUUGGACAACUGACAGAACUCAUCCGGUUACCAGGGUUGGUGGGUCAGUGA